AGUACUCUUCUCUGUCUACGAGUCACAAAAAAACCAAACAGGAAGACUGUAAGGAUGGCAGAGGACAAGGUUAACUACGCAUCAGUUGUAUUUAAAUCUAACCACCAACAAAGAUCAGAAGUUAAAAAGGAGGAAACAGUGUAUGAUGAAGUAAAGGUGCAAAACAGGGCAACAGAACAAACUCCUGUCACAAAUGCCUCUGCAGAAUUCUUGCCUGACAAGAAAUCAAACAGCAGAUGUCGCCACUAUCAGCAGUUGGCUUGUUGUUUGGGCAUGCUUUGUAUAAUUUUGGUGUUGGGCAUCAUAGCAGUCGGUGUCUAUCAUGUUACAUCAAUUCAUGAGAUUGAUGAAACUGAGAUGAACCAACUGAAAGAAAACCAAACAACUUUAAACGCUGUCAAUCGUAACCUGACAAAACUCAACAACAAACUUAGCUCAGACAAUGAAGACUUGAAGAGGAACCAAACCAAGCUCACACUCCAGAUGAACAACCUGACUCAAGUCGUCACUGUCUUAGAGAAAAACGUGACAAACCUGACUGCAGAAAACUGGAACCUUAGAGGGAAAAAUGAGGAGCUGGAGGCAGAGAAGAAAAACCUAACAAACCAAAUACAAGACAUGACGACAUCAUGGAAUGAGCUCAAUGUUAGUCGAGCUCAAUGGAGCAUUGAUGCCUACUGUCCCAAGAACAAGAUCAAUAACAACCGAACGUGUAAUGUUUGUCAGGCUGGCUGGCUUCCCUUCCAGUCAGACUGCUAUGCAAUUAAUAAUGCUGAACUUCCUGAUCGGAAAACCUGGGAAGGUGCUCGAGAAAAUUGUACAGGAAAGAUUUCAGAUUUGGCUGUUGUGAAUAAUGAAACAGAAAAGAAUUUUGUCAGUGGCAACAGCUGGUGGAAUUCUGGAAACAGUGCAUACUGGAUUGGUCUGAGAGUCGAAGGUGGGAACUGGAAGUGGGUGGAUGGAAGAAAUCUGACUAAUAGCUCCUGGAUCACACAGGCUCCUACUGAUGGUCAAUGUGCAAUUUCUGUGAAAAAUGAAUUUAAAUCAGUGAACUGUAGUGAGAAGAACCAAUGGAUCUGCAAGAAAAAAGCCUUAACUCUUUGAAAACUGCAGUAAAAUGUCACAAGACUGCUGGAUGUUCUGAAAAUAUGUAAAAAUUGUGCUUCUGUUCUGUGUCCUGUUCUGUUUGUAUAUGUGUGUUUUUGCUGCUGAUACAACCAAAUUUCCCCUUGUGGGACAA